CCCGCCGCGCGCGCCACUUCCUGAGCGCGCCCCGGGCCCGCGGCCCCGCCCUGCGGCCAGGCCGGGAGGCGGCGGUGGAGACAGAGGUACAGGUGCCUCCGCCCGGCGACCGCCGCCCGCCAGCCCGUCCGCCUUGGCACCAGGCCUUCACGGCCCCUCUCCCGCCUCACACUCCGGCCUCCUCACCGCCCGGCCAAAUGCAGGCCGUCGCCCUCCCCGAGGAGAUCCGUUGGCUCAUGGAAGAUGCUGAGGAGUUCUUGGCAGAAGGUUUGCGGAAUGAGAACCUCAGUGCUACUGCAAGGGACCACAGAGACCAUAUACUAAGGGGCUUCCAGCAAAUCAAAACUAGGUACUAUUGGGAUUUUCAGCCCCAAGGGGGAGACCAAGCUGAAAGUUUCCUUGGACAGGACAGCUCUGAUGAUAACCAUAGUGGAACUCAUGGCCCCUCUCUCACAUCAGAUGCACCUUUUUUGCCCGAUUAUCAGGAUGAGGGAGUGGAAGACAUCACAAGAGGAGCUCAAGAGCUGGAUAACAUCAUCAAGCAAGGAUACUUGGAGAAGAAAAGCAAAGAUCAUAGUUUCUUUGGAUCGGAAUGGCAGAAACGAUGGUGUGUCAUCAGCAGAGGCCUCUUCUACUACUAUGCUAACGAGAAAAGCAAGCAGCCCAAAGGGACCUUUCUCAUUAAGGACUACAGUGUCCGGAUGGCCCCGCACCUGCGAAAAGAUUCCAAGAAAGAAUCCUGCUUUGAACUGACCUCCCAGGACAGGCGCAGCUAUGAGUUUACAGCUGCUAAUCCAGCUGAGGCCAGAGACUGGGUGGAUCAAAUAAGUUUCUUGUUAAAGGAUCUGAGCUCCUUAACCAUUCCAUAUGAAGAGGAGGAGGAAAAGGAGGAAGAAGAAGAGAUGUAUGACGAUAUUGAUGGCCUUGACUCCCCGAAUUCCAGUUCCCAGUGCAGACCCGUCAUCUUGCCUGGGAGUGUGGGGCUAAAAGAGCCCACAAAGGAGGAGGAAGAAGAUAUUUAUGAAGUCUUACCAGAUGAAGAGCACGAUCUGGAAGAGGAUGAGAAUGGGACUCCACAUAAAGGAGUGGACUAUACCAAUUAUUACCAGGGCCUAUGGGAUUGCCAUGGUGACCAGCCAGAUGAACUAUCCUUCCAACGGGGUGACCUCAUCUACAUUCUGAGCAAGGACAUAUAUCCUUGUCUCUGCCCUGCCUUUUUGAAGAGACUGCUCAUCAGGAGUUCCUAUCCGCGCCCCCUCCCCAGCCACCCCGCCAACACCAUGGACUUCUUCUCUUGACUGUAUGGACCCAAGCCUCUGACACCUUGCGGUCACUGCAAACCGCCAGCAAGAUGAGUGGGAAGAGGCGGAGUCAGCAGAUCUGUUGCUAACCUUGCCUUGUACUUUCUCCCACCUUUAUUUUGUUUUCACCCCACCUCUAAACGUGUCCCCACAUCCACACCUGCCCUCUCCACAGGCGUGUCACAGAGAAGGUGAGAGAAAAGGAAACCUUUGGAGGGGGACGUUGCUAGUUGUUUCAGCUGAUUUGAAAAGCAUAAAUAAACUUCCUAUUUGGUUCCUUGCA